AAACAGACAAUACUAUAGAUCACUACAAUCAAGUCAAACUCAAGCACAAUAGAUAGAGCAAAGCGAUACAGAGUACAGGAUAUAGUUCAGUUUGGCAGGGUUGCCUUUGCUAUACUGGCAAUAUAUGCACAGUAAGCUCCAACACAAUAUUGACUGGAUUAUCUGUGUCACCAGUGGUGGCGGAAGGAUCAUUGUUGGUCCGGGUCACCAGCUCUGCUCUGCCCCUUAGAGUGUGGCUUCCUAUUAAGAUGGGCUUGUCCUACUGGGCCUGAGGUCAUCCAUUGAGGGGAGACAUGUUCAAAACCCCUAGCAUUGGAGGAACUGAAACACUAUUUGACUGAUCAUGGGAGUGGUGUUCUUGGGUCUGACAGCGAGUCCGAUCCUCUCUAACCACCCAACACAAGCAAGGAGUCGACAGCUGAGGGUCAGAUCUUCUCUCACAUCUCCCAGGAGGAAGUUCCACCACCCAGACUCAAACAAGGGUGGCCCCUCAAACCUGCCCCGCCAUUCAAUGUGGUCAUGGCUAGUCUAACCCAGGCCUCAGCUCCUCUCCUCUCCAACUCCCUUCCACACUCACAUCUCAAAAAGCUCUCCUUUCAUCAUUACAGGAAGGGUGGGAUCUAGCAGGUAGCUAUUAUCUCACCUCUUCUCUCCAGUGCAGUGUAUUUGGUGCAUCUCUUCUCACGCUGACAUCAGGUGGUACUGAUCCUCAGACACACUCUGUUUCUUAUGGUUUCCAUAGUGUUCAAACCAAGGUCUGUCACAAAACUGCCUCUGCUCCAACUUGUUCUCCAGACCGUGGCCCUGGUCUCCUCUUGACCUUCCUCACAUACUGGAGGAACGUCCAUUGCCAAACCUACACUGACGUCAGUGGUUCCUCUGGACAUUCAGCCAUGGUCAUAGUGGACCAAGGGGUCCAUUCUUGUGCUGUAUGUGUCUAUGAUUCUAUGAGGUGGUUGCUGACGUCCUGCUCCACAGACAGAGGGACUGUUGUAAACAAGGAGUUAACAAUGGCCAAAUGGUAAUAACAACUUAGAACAACAGGACUCUUAUUGAGGUCUUGUUUGAAGCACCUCAAAAGGUAAGUGAACCUCUUCAGAUCGUUUCAUUUAAAGUUUCUUCAUGGUGAACUUUCUUCACUUUAACAGGACACCCCAAAGUUAUAAUCCCCUGUUUGAAAUGAACAUGGAAUGAAAAAGGUCGCACAGCACAGAGAACUAAAUGUGACUCAAAUCAGAUCAACUCCUUGCUUCAAAAGAACUUUCCCUGUUGCUGAAUGUUUAGCAUAAAUCUUCCUCCCCGAUUGAUUGUGGCUGAGGGCAAGACAAUUGCCACAUCCUUUCAGAAACGUCCACUCACGGUGUCAGUUGCGGCAUCAGAGGAGUGUUUCCAGGAGAUCCUGGGCAACAGGUGGAAGGAGCAGAGGGACAGAAGCCAAUGUUUGUCGAGACCACAGUUAGAAUCCACAAGAUUCACCCAACUAGAAAAGAAGUUGCGGUAGAAAAUCCUGUCCACUGAGCAGUCAGCCUCCUGCUAGCAGCACCCUCGACCCUUCACUUCAUUGAUGGGGGUGACCUCAUAAGUAUCGAGUGUCAGGUCAAGGGUCCGAAGUCAUCCCACCGGUGAAAGGCAAGACAGAUACUUCACACGUCCCAACCACGCAUUCUAUGUUUAGUGUGGGGGGUUGGAGGUACAUUCCUUAUUGUUCUUUCUUGAAGCAAACGCUAGCUUAAUUGCAUCUUGGAAUGCAUGGAGUUUGAUUCUUCUCCGGAGCUCUUGGCCUCCCGGCAGGAGGCACAGAUCCUUUGUUAGACUUUGGAAAAGAUAUCUGAGGGGAGUGACGCUUCAAUUUAUAUUUAACUGCAAAGUCAGUGCAGCCAAUAUUUUUGCAGAGGCAUUUCCAGUCACAUGUCUAUAAAAGGUGAUGGGGAUGAUGCGUGACACAAGGAACACUUCACAACAGCAAAUUAUUACAGCAGGUGCAUUGAUCGGUUUGCAUAUCAGGAUAUUGCCAUAGCAAGAUGGCUCGGUAACAUGUCGGGGAGUAAACUACUAGCACAGUUAGGUUAUAAACUGGGGAAGACUAUAGGAGAAGGCAGCUACUCCAAAGUAAAAGAGGCCAUUUCAAAAAGGUACAACAAAAAUGUAGCAAUCAAGGUGGUUGACAGGAAGAAAGUUCCAAAGGAUUUUGCCACUAAGUUCUUGCCGAGGGAGUUGGCCAUAUUGAGAGGCAUCAAGCAUCCUCAUAUUGUGCAUGUGUAUGAGUUUAUUGAAGUUCGCAAUGGGAAGGUCUACAUCGUCAUGGAGCUCGUCUCAAUAAACCUUCUGCAGCUGAUCCAACAAAGGAGCUGUGUCUCCUGCCCGGAGGCCAAGUGCUUGUUUUCCCAGGUCACCAAGGCGGUCAAGUACCUUCACGAACAUGACAUUGUCCACCGUGACCUCAAAUGCGAGAACAUCCUACUGACUGAUCAAAUGCAGGUGAAGUUGGGAGAUUUUGGAUUUGGGAGGAAGAGUUGGGGGUACCCAGAACUCUGUACCACCUACUGUGGUUCCGCAGCCUACUCCCCUCCCGAGGUUCUCAUGGGUGUCCCUUAUGACCCCAAAAAGUACGACAUCUGGAGCAUGGGAGUCAUUCUGUAUGUAAUAGUGACCGGUUACAUGCCCUUCAAUGACUCCAGCAUCAGCAUGUUACCAGAGAGGCAGCUAAUGGGUGUGAUCUAUCCAGAGGAAAUUACACUGGAAGAAAAGUGCCAGUCUUUGAUAGAGAAAUUGUUAACUUACAAUCCACUGACGCGUCCAACAGCUAACCAGGUGACGAGGCAUGCAUGGUUUAGAGAACGCAAAUAAAGGAAUAUGCUCUAAAGUGGCUCAAUUCAGGAUCCUUGUUGCAUUAUUGCCCUGGGCAUUGUCUAGAUCUGCAGCUGGUAAAUUAGUCUCAAAGAUUGGUGUCUUGGCUGCAGUUAUCCAUCAGGUUAAAACUGGGUCAGUUACACCACCUUUCCAAAUGAUUAGAUUUCACAGCAACGAAAGAGAGAGAAAGAAAGAGAGAGAGGGAGGGAAAGAUUAGUAAAAGAGAGAUCAAAGUGGCAGAGAGAGAUUAGAGGAUGAGGGAGAUUAGAAAGUGAGAGAGAUUAACAAAAUAAAUUAGAGAGAUUAAGGAGAGGUUGGAGAAGGGGAUUAAGGAAUUAGAAAGAAGGAUUACAGAUUAAAGAAAAAAAAGAGUUAAAAGAUAAAUCGUAGAUUUCAACAGCAUGGAAACAGGCCCUUAAUCCCACUUUGUCCAUGCUGUCUAAAUUGGCAUUCUGGGCUAGUCCCAUUUGCCUGCAUUUGAACCACAUCCCUCUAAACCCUUCCUAUCCACACGUCCAAAUAUAGAUUAAAGAAAGAUAACAUUUAAUUGUGGCCUAUCAUCAACACAAUGCAUUUUACAGAGUGUUCAUAAAUGUAACUCAAGGAAAUCUGCGAGUCAAUUUAAGGCCAGCGGGUCUCCAUGAGUAGUGAUGUGCUGGUUGAUUCUCCACUACAGAGAACUCCCAGCACUUGUAACUGGAUCCUUCCCGAGGGGGGUGCGAGUGGAAGAAUUUGGUUCAAAUUUCAGCCAGAGUCAAGUCGCCUCCUCUGAACUGCCCCUGGAGUGGAGGCGUGGAUGUUGUCACUGGAGCAGGAUUUUAACCCACAACUAUCAGACACAAAGAUGGGAGCCCCCCAAUUCACUGAGCCACUGCUACUGCUAAAUGGUCACUGCCUGGAUCUUGGGGAGGGAGCAGAAUGUGGUCUUCAUCCAAUUCCAAUCACUUGGCUCCUAAGCCAUAUAUUGUCAGGAGGUGGUGGACAGAGUGAGAGCAAGAAACAUUGCAAUCACUUGUACAAGAGAUGUAAGAGGCAGCUGAAGGACAGUGGGUGGACCAGUGGGUGAGACAGAGGGGCAGAGUGGCAAUGAGGGGGAGGGAGAAUGGAAAGGAGGAUGACAGACAGGGCAAGGGGAGAGGCCCCCCUGUUGAUCUUUUGCUGCAAAAGGCCAAUUGUAAUGGGUCCUGGUGCUUGCCAAGGUUAAAAAGACACAAAGUGCUGUAGUAACUCAGCGGAUCAGGCCAAACCGUACUUGCCUUCUGAUUGCAUUGUUGUUGGUCCAAAACACUGUCAGACAGAUGCCACAGAGCUCAAAGGUGAAGGUGUUCCAUUCUCCCCUACUGUGUUUCCAUCACUGGCUACAUUCCUAAAACCACCUCCCUUGUUUAUUCUGUAUUUGACCUAUGCUGUGCAAAUAUGCAACAGGACUGUGUGAGCAGACCUUUGCUGUGUCCCUGACCCAGACGCUCGAUGGAUGAGCCUCGCUUUGUGUCUAACCUGUAGCCCAGGCAUGUUUGAUGGGGAAGCCCCGAAGAACCUCUCUGUAGAGACUCAUUUGGAAAAUUGAGACACAAGGAAUUGCAGAUGCUGGUUUACAAAAUAAGACACAAGGUGCUGGAGUACUGGAGAGCAUGAUUAGAGCACGUUGCAGAUAAAAGCAUCCCGAUUGAAACAUAACCUCUCGAUGUUCUCCAGAGAUGUUGCCAGAAUGCUGUUACCCCAGCACUUGUCCACUUUGAGGGAAGCUCCAUCGUAGGUUGCUUUGUGCGAUUGAAUGCUUGAGCCCAGUGUGAGUGUUCCCCACCAUGUGGUUGCAUUAAUGAUGAUCCCUCUGUGACCUCUACUUCCCUCUCUCCUCAACACCCAGAGGGUAAUCUGUAUCUACAUCAAACUGCCAAGGUAAGCUAUAGAAGUAGAUAAAAUUAGCUUUUAAAAUACAUUUGGACAUAUAUAAAUGGAAUGCAUGCAAUCGGAAACAGGCAAGUAUGCCAACUUAUUCAGCAUGGACAAGGUGGGCUGAAGGGCUUAAUCCUGUGCCAUACAGCUCUGUGAUCCAACCUGGUUGACUAAGUGAUUUGUCCAUUCUAGUGGUAUCCAGCAGAGUGCUCUCUCUGCCCAAGGCUGAACAUUACCACCCACCCCCUGCCAUUGCAUGGCCCAACUUGGUGAAGGGAAUAAGGCUUCGCCAUUUUGUGAGCCAGCAAGAAGUGGGCAAAGCUGGUGAUUUCUGGUAGCUUGGCAGGAAGAGAACAGCAGUCAGCUCAGUCCCUGCUGCAGGAAUACACGAAUAGAUGAGUAAAUGUUUGCAAACAUUAGUGAUGAUGGUUAUCAAAAAUUAUAGCAGGAUCUUGAUCAGCUUGCUCAAGUGGGUGAAGGAAUGGUUAAUGAAGUUUAAUGCAGAUAAGUGCAAGGUGUUGCAUUUUUGAAAGUCAAACCAGGGGUCAGGACCUUCACAGUGAAUGGCAGGGCCCCGAGCAAUGUUGUCGAGCAGAGGGUUCUACACUGGUACAGUUCCUUGAAAGUGGUGUCAUUGGUAGAUAGGAUAUCAAGGCUUUUAGCAUGUUGGCCUUCAUCAGUCAGGGUACCGAUAAUAGAAGUUGGUAUCUUAUGUUCAAGUUGGCAUUUAUCAUCACUUAACCAACAAAGGUACAGUGAAAUUUGAGUUACCAUGUUUGAGUUACAGUUGUAUGAGAGAAUGGUGAGGCCAUAUUUGGAAUAUUGUGUUCAGAUUUGAUUACCAUGCUAUAGAAAGCAUAUAGUUAAGUUGGAAAGAGUGCAGAGAUUUACACAGAUGUUGCCAGGACUUGAGGAACUGAUCUGUAGUGAGAGGUUGGGAAGUCUAUUAUUUAUUCCUAUUUUUAACGUUAUUCCUUGGUGCGCAAGAGGCUGAGUGUUGAUCUUAUAGUGAUGUAUGAGGGAAACGCAAGGUUUUUCUAUCCAGAGUAGGGAAAUUAAGAACCAAAGAAUAUAGGUUGAAGGCGAGGGGAGAAAGAUUUAAUAGGAAUGUUUUUAACACAGAGGGUGGUGGGUACAUAGAACGAGUUGCCAGAGGUAUUUGAAGGACAACUUUUUAAAGACAUUUGGAAAGGUACAUGGAUAGGAAAAGUUGAGAGGGAUAUGGGCCAGACGCAGGCAUGCAGGACUAGUAUAGAUGGGGCAUCUUGGUUGGCAUGGGCUAGUUGGCUAAAGAGCCUGUUUUCAUGCAAUAUGACAUGCAGCCAGCGCUUCGGUUAUCCCGAUGCCGGGCUGGUGAUGUUAGAGUGGAUUUUACUAGCUGCUCCAGAAUUAAUAAUUAGACGAUUCCACCAUCAAUAUCCCUGGUCAAUUCCACCAUCAAUAAGCCCCUUCCCUGCUCUUGGUGACUAUUGGGGGGAAGAGAGGGAGCAUUGUUCAUCCAAGGGGUUCUGCCCGCCCUCCCCACACCUUUGUGGAAAUGAUCCCGCUGUUACUGGGAAGUUGUAGCACAUACAUUGGAACCAUGUGCUCCUCUCCCCUCCCCUCCCACCUGAGAGAAGCAUACAACAUUAUGAGGCAUUGAUAGGAUUGAGUAGAACCUUUCGCCCAGGACGUAAAUGCCAAAGACUAGAGGGCAUACCUUUAAGAUGAGAGGGGCAAAUUUUAAAUGAAAUUAGUUCAGCAAGUUUUUCCCCACACCUACUGGAGGUGGGUACCUGGAAGGUGCUGCCAGGGGUGGUGGUGGAAGCAGAUAUGAUGGUGUUUAAGCUUUUAGACAGGCACAUGGAUAUUCAAGGAAUGAAGGGAUAUGGAUCAUGUGCAGGCAGAUGAGAUUAUUUUAGAUUGGCAUCAUGGUCAGCACAGACAUGGUGGGCCCAAGGAAAGAGAUAAAAUACUGGACUCUCAGUGGGUCAGGCAGCAUCCCUGGAGAAAAUAGAUGACAUUUCAGGUCAGAAUCCUUCUUCGGGCCUGUUCCUGUGCUGUACUGUUGAAACCUGAAGUGUAAUUCCCUUCUUAUGUGUCUUAGAGUGGCAUGUCUCUAUCCCGGGCUCAGUAUAGUGGGCAUCAGAGCAACUUUGUCCCUGGAAUCUGAACUAAUUGUUCUCAUUUUUUAAUUCAUCUCAAAGCCUUAGGGUGCCCACACUCAUUCAUUCUAAUCAUCACCUGCGUCCAUGUCGGGCCAGCACCCAUUCUCCUCUGAUGCUCAGAUACAGCUGUAGGAGGCAGCAAGGCAAAUUGUAUCUGACAAUUGUCCAUGGCUUGGACGUUGCAACAACACAGAACUUAGAACAUCAUAGAUAUACAUCAUGGAACACAGGAAGACACAAAGUCUGCAUCAACCAUGUUGCCCAGUUGAACUACUUUCUGCUGGCAUGUGAUUCAUAUCCCUCCAUUCCCUGCAUAUCCAUGUGCCACUCUAAAAGCCUCUUAAACACCACCAUCGCAUCUGCCUCAACCACACCUGCAGCGCUUUCCACCACCUGUGUAAAAAAAACUUGGCGUGGGAAACCAAGUCACAGGAAGAAUAUGCAAAUUCCACACAGACCGCACCAAAGAUCCUAUAGCGGAGCAAGAUGGACCACUCGUGCUAAAUGCAAUGGGCUGACGUGUAGUACUCUACGGAACGUGGGCAUUUUUUUCAUCCAUUUCCAUAACCGACUCGACUCGCAGUGUAAUGAACGUUGCCGGGGAACAGUUUGUGUUAAUAAAUUAAAAUUCUGAAAAUGAGAAGUUUUUUACCAAAUAGCUUUUAUUUUUACAAGGAUGCUUCCGUAACCGGCUUCCAUCUCCGCACUAUUAUCCUAUGGGAUCUUUGGUGCGGUGACGGAAGCCGGAUACAGAAAUGGGGCCUUAAAUUACCCAUGAAUCUGCCCAUGGCCGUACUAUGUCUUUUUCGUCAAGUGGACCAUCUUGCUCGCUAUAGGAUCUUUGGACAGCACCAGAGGUCAGCAUUGAACCCGGUUCUCCGACGCCAUGAAGUAGCAACUCUACCAUACAAUGGGGUUUUUAGCACGUGAUAGUUGCAGUCCCUAUUCAAGAGCCUUUGGUUCUAGAUUAAUUCAAUUACUUGAAUUUAAAUCCCCACUUGCCACUGGUCUCAGUGUUAUUAGUUGAGAUCUUGACCCUAGUCCCAGUCCCACUAUUCUCAGCAUUCAUGAGAACACUCUCCUCUGCCUCUGCAUACUGACCUUGUUGUCCCGGCCCAUUUGUAAUAGAAUGUAAAUAUUGUCACCUCUUUUGUCAAUGUCUUCACUGUCUCCACACACCUGCAUUGAGCUUUUCCAUUCGACCCAUCACUGUUCCUCCAUCUCUGGCAGCCAAUUGUACAUCAGCUUGCUUCACUGAAGGAUUUGCACUGUCCUCACUACACCAUAGUGUACUUCAUUGUGUACCGUUUGAUGUCAGUAUGAAAGGAAUUUUAGUCAGCAUCUAAUACACACAGCUCCUCUGUGGGAGUGCUUGAUGACCCCAUGUAGGAAGAGCUUUGUGCUGGGCCUGUCUGCUGUACCUCCCUGCAGGUUUGACAGGAGUAUGAGGGGAGUUUUAAUCUGUAUGCAAUCCACACCAUUCUAUCCUCAAGAGUGUGUGAUCAGUCAGUGAUGAAAGAGCUUUCAUUUGUAUGUAAUCCAUGAUAUUCCCAUCCUCAGUGUGUGUUGGGUAACGAGGAGGGUGCUUUAAUUUUAUGUAAUCCACGCUGUUCUAAAAUUUGUUGUGUGCCAUGGGUCAGCAAAGUGGAGUUCUAAACUCUAACUGUUCCUAUGUCCCAUGCUGUUCUGAUCCUGGGGAGUGUGUGAUGGGACAGUGUAGUGGGUUGUGUUACGUUUUUAUCAGCAUAGUGUGCA